AUGUGGUGUUUUCGUUGGUGGAUAUUACCCUUUAUAUUUGGACAACUUAAUAUAUACUAUGCAAGAGCAGCUUGGCCACUUCCAAAUAUGUCGAACAUUCAAUUAUUAGGUCUUUUUGCAGACACUGCAAAUACAUCUAAAUCUACCGAAUUCUCUGUUCAUUCUUGUGCGAUGUUUAAAGCCGCAUUAGUUCUUUCACAACAAUAUAAUAUAAAAAUUGAUGGAGAAUUCAUUGGAUGGCAAGCAGCACAAACUGGUGGGAAUGCUAUAGGUGCUCUGAGAAGUACAUGUCAAGCCGUAAUCACUGCAAAUGUUAUUGGCAUUGUUGGACCAGCAUAUUCUAGAGAAGCUAGUAUUAUUGCUGCUUUUGCUCAUUCAGAUAAUAUUCCUGCAAUAUCAUAUGCUGCAACUGAACCUGAUUUAUCCGAUCGAAAUGUAUAUCCUAACUUUUAUCGCACAGUUACUUCUGAUGCUGCUGUUACAUUACCAAUUGUGGCACAGAAUAAAUUAGUAGUAUUUGAUAUUGCGACACAACAUAUUCGAGGUGACUUAAAAGAUAUUUUAUCCACAACUUCAACACGGAUUAUCGUAGUAUGGGCUGAUGAUUAUCAUACAUCAUUAAUUUUACAAAUUGCACUUAAUUUUGAUAUACUUGGUCCAUAUUUCACAUGGAUAUUAAGUUCAACAGUUUCGUUUAAUUCUUUCAAUCAAACAAUGUAUACUAAAUUAAUUGGAAUGCUUAUUUUAGAACCAAUAAUAGGAAGUGUUGUUAAUGCACCAUUCAAUACAACAUUAUUAAAUGCAGCUUAUCAAAUAUGGGAACAAUAUGAACCUGAAACAUUUCCUGGAUCAACAAAAGUAAAUUAUUACGCAUUAUUUGCAUUUGAUGCAACUUGGACAUUGAUACAAUCAUUACAACAAUUUUGUUCAACGUAUACAAAUAGUUCUUCUCCAUGUAUAUCAAUUGUUAACAAUUCAUUCUGUUUCGAUCGUCAUCUUCUUAAUGCUACUUCAUUUCUCAAUACGAUUAGUACUACAGAAUUUGUUGGUGUAUCUGGUCCAGUAAAAUUUAGUGACAAUGUGACAGAUAGAAUAGAUGGAAUUUAUUAUAUUAUACGAAAUGUUCAGCCUUCUACGAAUAAUUUAGAAUUGGUGCCAGUAUUGCAAUGGUCUCAUUCUGAUAAUUGGAAAACAUAUACACAAAGUGAUGUCAUCAUAUGGCCUGGUAAUACAUUAGUACCUCCUACUGGAUUUGCUCGACUUGAAGGAAUAAACUUACGAAUUCGUAUUAUUGAAUCAAUGCCAUUUAUAAUACGAACAGAUAUCAUUGAACAAAAUCAAACAAAGUUAAGUGGUUAUGUACCCGAUCUUAUUAAUCUUUUACAAACUAGGAUGGGAUUUAUUCCUUAUAUUAUAUAUCCAUCAGCAAAUCAGACUUAUGAUGGAUUAAUUAAAGCAGUGGCAACAAGUAUUUGUGAUGUGGCAAUUGGUGAUAUUACUGUUACUGCUAAGCGAAGAGAAAUAGUUGAUUUUUCAACUUCAAUAUUUGAAAAUUCUCUACGAAUUAUUGUUCGACAAACAAAAACUGUUCAUAUUGAUCUUCUUUCCUAUUUAAGACCAUUCUCACUUAAUCUAUGGUUGAUACUCUUGAUUUGCCUUGUUUAUGCUGCUGUUUUACUUUGUAUAUUAGAACGACCGAAUAAUGAAGCGUUGCAAAACAGAUCAAUAAUAUCAUCUAGUGGAAUGAGUAUGUGGUAUUCUAUUGGUACUAUUAUGGGAUAUGGUGCAGAUUUUCAUGUUCAAACAGCUGCUGGACGAUUAUUAACUAUAGGUUUAUAUCUCUUAAGCUUGGUAUUAGUGGAAACAUAUACUGCCAAUUUAGCAUCUGAUUUAACAAUAUCAAAAUCAAAGGAUAGUAUUUCUGGCAUUGAUGAUAUCAAAAAUGGAAAGAUAUCAUUUAGUCGUAUUGGUAUUCUUGUAGAAUCAUCAGUGGAAGAUUAUUAUUUACGUGAAAUUUCUGAAGGUGUUCGUAAUUAUUAUCCAAUGAAAACACAAAAUGAAUUGUUUAACAGUUUAUUAAAUAAUUUAAUUGAUGCAUCGAUUUCGGAUAUUAGUGCUAUAGAAUAUUAUACUAAUAAUGUAUAUUGUAAUUUAACAUUUGUCGGAAAAGAUUUUGCUCCGAGUUCAUAUGGUAUUGCUUAUCCUAAACAAUGGUUGUAUGGAAAAGAUUUAGAUGUCAUUAUAUUAUCAUUAAGAGAAUCAGGUGUUCUUGAUGAUUUAAAAAAGAAAUGGUUUGAUAAAAAUGUUUGUCAAGACUCAUCUUCAUCUUAUGUAUCUACUAGUAUCAACAUGGAGCAAAUGAGUGGUUUAUUUGUUACUUUUGGUCUUAUCAGUAUUCUAUCUAAUUCAAUUCGUCGACUUGAUUUACAGAAUGGACAUUGUCUAAAACGUGAUCGGUGCUUCAAUAGUGAACAGUGUGCAGCAUUUCUUCGUUCAUCAUGGGCCAAACAAUGCGAAAUUCUUGAAAUUGUUGUUAAUGAUCAAUCGAUGAUAGAUGAUCUAGUCAAUGAUAUAACCAAUUUAAAAGCUUUAAAAGUGAUGUUACAACCCGGUGAAUUGAUCAAUUCGAGUUUUACUCGUUUUACUGCUUUGCUUGCCGAUAAACAUUCCUCAUUAUUAAAAUCUUUAACAAUUAGUAAUUGUAAUUUACCUAUGGAACAUAUAGAAUCAUUAUUAUCACAAACACCGGCACUUAUUUAUCUCAAAUUAGUAUCGCAUCAACGCACAUUCGACACUGUUUUUGAUGGCUACAAUUGGGAACAAUUCAUUCUUAAUAAGUUAUCUCAACUCAAUCAAUUUGAAUAUUUCUUUUCUUUUACUGACAAAACAAACGAAUAUAUGAAAGUUCUUAAUCAUCUUCUUGCUUCAUUUCAAACUCCAUUUUGGUUACAGAAGAAACGCUGGUUUACUACUUGUAGUUACGUAUUUGAAUCGCAAAUGUUUGAACUUCACACCACUACAAUUAAGGUAACUGAUUCGCAUAAUUUAAUCAGAAUUCAAAAGUUAGCCGAAAGCGAUACAUAUCGUCUUGUUGAACAAUCUUCUUACCAUGGUUGGACAAAGACAUCCUCUACCAUAAAUCUUAGUAACAAAGCCAUUGACGACACCACUGCUAAAUUUAUAUCGUUUGCACUACAACAUGACAAGACUGUCAGAAUAUUAAAUCUAGCUGGAAAUCAAAUUGGAGAUGAUGGUGCAACAUAUCUUGCAACUACUUUAUUGAACAAUACGACACUCGUAGAACUGAAUCUUCGGAACAAUCGGAUUGGAAUGAUUGGUGCACAAUAUUUCUUUAAGUUACAGAAAAAUAAUACCACAUUAAAAAAGCUUCGGCUGAAUGAAAAUGCUAAUAGUUUCUGUACGAUUGUUGAGAUUGCUCAUAGAAUAAGGCACAAUAAGACGCUUAUCAUAUUGAAUCUGCAGAAAAAUCAUAUUGGUGACAUCGGUGCACAACAUUUUCGUGAAGCAUUGCAAAUAAACAAAACGCUUGUGAAGUUCACUCUAAAGAACAAUCAAAGUAGUUUAUGUGCAAUGGUUCAAAUGGAACAUGAAAUAGCACAUGAAAUGAAAAGCACUAUAUUUGAUUGGACAGGUCAUCAAAUACGAAACGAACAAUUAGAAUACUUGAGUACUACGUUACAAACAAACUACACAAUAAUCACAUUAAUCCUUGAUGGAAAUCAUGUUGGAGAUAAUGGCAUGAAAUAUCUCGCCAAUGGUUUACUAAAGAAUAAAAUUGGAGAGAAUGGUGCUCAACAUUUGGCCAAUGCUUUACGAAAUAAUACAACACUCUCUUUAUUGAAUUUGAACAUGAACUCGAUUGGAUACAAAGGUUUACAAUAUCUUGUUGAUUCUUUGAUUAUUAAUAAAACUCUAACUAUUCUGAAACUUCGAGAAAAUAAAAUCACAGAUGAAGGAACCUACUGUUUAAUAGACUUACUAUUUAACAAUAAUGUACGACAGUCUUUACGAUCGUCAUUCUAA